CUUUUAGGGCUGGUUAACUGUAGGAAGGGAGCUUUCUGCCAGCAACUUCGAGCCCACACUCUAUCAAACCUAUUUUAACCAAGAACAAAACGGUGGCCUUUUGGGUUCCACAGAGGAAAUUGAGCGUCUGAGGCCGAAAUCCCCACCACCCCGACUCCCUCCUGGCAGUAGUAAUAGUGGAUCUAGUGUCAACAGCAGCGGAACAAGUGGCAGUCUACAGUCAUCUACUUCUGUCUCUUCUAUCAACACCACCGGAGUCACUCCCGGUCUGUCAGGAGGUAUGCUUGGUGCACACAGCUCUACGCCUUCUGGCCUGCAGCUGAGCAUGGCAGCAGCUGCCGCAGCCCAGGCUGCAGGGCUGAUGAUUUCACCAGUCGCUUCAGCUCAGUUAGCCGCCUCAGCCCAAACUACUUCCCAGCCUGGAGUCAGUCGGUUGAUGUUCACCUCUAACACUGCAGCGGCUUAUGCCGGUUGGUUUGUGGCGUAUUUUAAGGUCACACCCAGUUUUAAUUUUGGGUUUAUUCUUAUUUUUCGUUUGAAAGUAAAUUUUUCAGACUACCAGUAA